CUAUGGCUCGGCUGGUGAAGUUGAACACACGGGUUGAUCAUAUAAAAGAGCAAUUUUUUAUCAGAAACAGGAUUGCAGAAGAGAACAGACAGCGAGAGAACGCUGCAGCAAUCCAAAUUCAACGCUGGUUCAGAGGCUGCCAGGUGCGUGCCUACCUGAGCCAUCUACACAGGAAGGCGACAGUAAUACAGAAAACAUGGCGGGGCUUCACCGCACGGAAGCACUUCAGGCAGAGGGUAAAGACUGCAUAUUUUCUUAUGAAGAUGAAUUUCUACAAUGAGAUGGCUGUCAAGAUACAGCAGAGAUGGAGAGGCUACUAUAUAAGGAAGUAUGUUCACAAUUAUUAUGCACGCAAGAUGUAUUUGGAAGCCUUGGCAAAGAAGAAUGAGCAAAUCAGGAGCGAGCUAGAAGAGUUAGCAGAACACCAGAGGAGAGAAAGAGCGCGAGCUGCCAUGGAGAAAGAGGAGCAGGAGAAAUCUGCUCAAGCGCAGCGCCUUCAUUUCCUCCUCAGCACCAAACAGUGUCCGGGUGUGUUCAACUCGCCGUUCCGCCCAGAGCCAGACGAGAUGGAGCUGAGGUUAAGGAGAGUUAAACCCCUGCGUGUCAGGUCCCCACCCAAACAAGCCAGGCCUUCCAACCAACAGCCCUCUGCUGCUCUCCUCAGCCCAGAGAAACUGCCACCCAUACACAAGACGCCACAGGGGCCCUUCCGGCCAGCGGUAGAGGUGUGGUGGCAGCGCCAGCGGCCCCUGGAGCCCAGCCUGCGCACAGCCACAUCCAUCACAGCCCUGGAGGAGGCCAGAGAGGAGCUCCGUCGUCACGAGUGGAGGACUCGCCUCAUCGACCAGCCGUUUCUACCUUUCACCAAUGCACAACAAAACAGAAGGUACGAGGCUCUACUCCACACAGCCUCUCCAUAUCAACAGAGUGAGUAUGGGACCAAGCACUUCCGAGAAGAGGAGAGGGGCAAGCUUCAGGGGAAAAAGCCUUUCAAGACUGUGUUUACAACCUGCCACGUCUUCGAUAAGUUUGGACGGCUAUACUCCAGUGCUGGUAAAAUUGUCUAACGGAGCAGAAAUAAAUAAGUUCAGUUACACAUUUUUCUGUAUAAAUUCGUAAAUUGAUAUCAAAUGUUUAUUUGCCUGUCAUUUAUUUUUAUUCAAGAAAACAUGUAAUUACAGUCGUAAUUACAUUUAACAACUUUUUAGUUUUAAGAGGGACGCUUGGUGAAAAGAAUGCAGGCUAUUAUAUAUAGCCUGUUGCUUUUUCCCCUGCAUCCUCAUUCCUUUCUGGUUCCAUUGUUUCAAGGCUAUGGCAUACGUUUCAAGCAGAAGAUGAUCUUAAUUUUUUAUGUUUUUAUGUAUAUAAAGUCAAUUUUAGUGAAUAGCAUAAAUUUUAAAU